AGACAAUUUUUUCCCCUUAAUAUAUACAUAUGGUUUAAGGGUGGAGUAUUCUUCUCCCGUAGUAAACAAGUUUAUUGACCUACUUAAAAAUCCCAUUUGAUGCAUAUUUUUUGACUCCACCACCCACACUGCUUUCCAAAAUAAUUUGUUUCUAGAUGUGUACUUUUACUGUUGUUGACAAAUAUUCCCUAACAAAUGAGUCACACCAACAACUCUGAGAAGCGAUGAUAGAUAAUUAAUAACGGUGAGGUCAGGUGAAGUCUGUGUGAGCCCUGACUGCCCAUGGGAGAUUGGUGUUAAUAUGGACCCUUGACAAAUGGCCUACACAUUCAUAGAACACCCCCUGGCCCAACUGCUUCAUUUUGAUGUGUUUUGAUGUUAUUUCUUUACGCAUCUAGAAGGUUUCAUAAAUGUAUAUAAGGAGCACAACACCUAAUGCAAAGUAGCAUAUCUUUAGAAGGAUUUGAAACUAGCUGAAUAUUGAACUUGCUUGUUGUGCAUUUAUUGGACACUUAUCCAUAUCCAGAAGGAAGAAACUGUGAGAAAAUCUGACCAUGUAUAGUCGACAUAUACCAAUUUACCAUGAUGACUGGAGUCAUCGCUGGUCAUCCUUAAACCAAGGUCCAUUCUAUUCCAGUCGAGUCUCACGAUUCCCAGAGAUACCCCCGCCUCCAAUAACUACUAGGUAUGAUCCCGAGCCUUUCUUUGACCGGUCACCUAUGCCUUUUCCAGACUAUAACGAGAGGAGAGAGCUUGUGUCCCGUAGUGAGCCUGCAUGGACGUACUCGGCCCCACCACCGACGCCUGCUCCCUCCUUGAUGGAGAACGAGAUGCGAAAGAUGACCCACGAAAUGAACAACAUGGCCAGGAACUUCCAGAGAAUGGGACCAGCCAGUGGACUCAAGUCAGUGGAGGACAUGAGACUGACCGAGGAUUUCAAUGUUAACAAUCCAGUGCAGCAGGAUGUUUAUGGAAACAGAAGAUUCCAAUUGGAGUUUGAUUUGCGCCAGUUUAGACCAGAGGAAAUUCACAUCAAGACCACUGGAAAUCAACUCACCGUUCACUGUAAGCAUGAGGAAAAGGAAAAUGGAAAAUCGUCAUUUAAAGAGUACAACCGACAAUUUGUCCUACCCAAAGAGGUCAACCCUGAGCAUUUAACUUCAAAGCUGUCGGCUGAUGGCAACCUCUACAUUACUGCACCAUUGCCAGCACUGCCCAGUUCCAGAGAUAGGCUGAUACCCAUUGAUAAGAAGUAAUGAUAAAUGGACUAAAUGUAAAGAUACAUGGUAGAUACUCUUGCAAUUAUUAUUGGAAUUUUGACUGGUAAAAUGCUGGUGUAUUUUUAGAAUGUUUUUGAAUUUGUAUAUAAAUUGUAUAAAUUAUGUUUUGUACAUUAAAUUAAAAGUAGGUUAGAACAU